AUGUCUAACCAAGAGCUCCCGGCCUUCUACUACCAUUUUAUUGCCUACGAGAUGAUUGGGGAUAUCUUUAUUCUCAUUGAAACCCUAGAGUAUUACUACGGCUCUGAUGGCUACACCCUGGCUGAAGAAGAUCGGGCGGUGGUCGUCAUGUCGCCCCAGAGAACGCCGGAGGACAUCGUGGCAACCCUGCUAGAGUUGGGGGUGUUGGAUCACAUUAUCGAGGAAGACAAAUGGGUCAUCUCGACUCCAAACAUCACGCCCGAGGACCUGAAGAAGCACUUGCUCAACGCGGGUAUUUUGUUUCCCGAGUCGGCUCUUAAUUUGGAGGAGAGAAGCGUUCCUAACCCUGGGUUUAUUAUCACGGAUGAACAACCUGAGACGCCCAAGGAAUCAUGA